GGAGGAAGGACGGACUCUGCUGAUUGGCCAAGCCUGUCCAGGAGGGGAGGGGCGCCGGCUUGCCAUUUUAUAUAUUUUUGCAAGCAGCUGCCUGCUUAUUUUUUCUUUUUGCAUCUCCUUUUUUUGCAACUUGUGGCUCUUCUGAGCAGAGACUCCUUCACCUUUCCGCCACUGCUUUCCCAGCACAGAGCCAAAUUUAGGACUUUAUAAAUAGCUCAAGAUCACCCUGCUUAACACACCAGAAGACUUGGCUUGUUUCUCUGUAUGUAAGCUGACUCUAUGGUAGGAAAUUUUCAUCUACAGAAGUAAGAGACUUCAUCGUUGCUAAAGAAAUCUUUUCCACCUCCUCUUCAGUAUGUCAAACUUCGAGCAAUUUGAUAUAGAUUUUUACCAGUCAGACUACAUCACUGAUAACCAAGGACAAGGUUAUCACGAGCCUGGAGACUCUGGAAACGUAUAUGGAAGCAAUAGAUGCCCAUCAAGAAUGGAGGAACCUGAGGUCCAGAGCCUGAAUGGGGUCCUCUACGUUUCUCUGCCCAGCACUCAGGACUGUCCCAAGGUCAUGCCUACUCCAUGGGCCAUGCCCCUUCACUGUCUCUUCUCCACACCCUCCUCAAGUGCUUCUGCCUGGCCGGCUGCAACAUGUCCUUCAACUGUGAUAAUCCAUAUUGCAUGCCUGAAUGAAGGAGCUUGGACAGGUGCCUCACCAGAAUCAGAUGCAUUUGCUUCUCCAGAAAGGGCUUCAUCUUCUCAGCAGUACACAGGCCAGAUUUUUCAACCAGCAUGUGCUUCUGAAUUUCCAUCUAAUGGCCCUUACCCUGAUGGCUUUGAUGAAGAACCUCCUUUGCUGGAAGGCGGGGAAAGUUCAUUUUGGCUAUGUUUAUGGCAUGAGUGCUAUUGGGUGCAUAGCAAUCCAUGCUUUGCUGAACCUGAUGAGCAUAGCAAGUGUGUCAUACGGGUGCGUCGCAAGUGUACUAGGCUACUGCCUGCUUCCCAUGGUGAUCCUGUCCACCAAUGCGGUGUUCUUCUCCCUCCAGUAAGUGUCAUCUGGAAUGCUGGCAGGGGGAUUCUUGGAACUCUGCUAGCUCUGCUCAUUACUGGAUGGUGCAGUCUCUCAGCCUCCAAAAUAUUCACCUCUGCUUUGGCUAUGGAAGGCCAGCAGUUUCUGGUUGCCUAUCCCUGCGCUCUACUCUAUGGUCUCUUUGCACUGAUGACUGUCUUUUGAGCUUUGGUUUCUGGCAGGAUUGUUUUAUCCUGUGUAUAUACUGAAUUGCAAAAUCAAAGUCCAUUUUCAGACAAUCUUUUAGACUACUUCAGAGAUGUUCCCAAAGUUCAGGAUUAUCUGGUUUUUGAGACUGAGUUUGUUUGGCACGUAAUGCUUACUGUGUUAUGAAUUGAGCCUCAUUUUCCCCAGAAGUUUGUCUUUGGCUUAGAAUAUCAUAUGAGGUUCUGCACAUGUGCAAUAAAUCAGAGUGUUGUCUGAUCAGGUUGCUUUGUAGGAAUAUGCACAUAAGGCCUUUAAUGCUAGCCUCUUACUCUCAAUGAAACUCCUGCUGAUUGCAAUGAAAUAUGUGACCCAACCACUCAACCAUGCAGCCUUUUAUUUGGUAAAUAACCUCUAUUAGGGUCAAGUCUUUUCAUUUGUUUCUUGCAAACAUUUUACAUGAUGGCCCUCCCACAUUUAGAUCUAGAACAUAUUCUUGUUCUUGGGUUUAUUUUGAGGCAAGGAGGAUUUUGAAUUUCUAGAUGGAUCUCAGGCAUGGUUGGUGCUAGUAAUUGCAUUUUCCAGCAAGCAGUAAGAGAAGCCACUUUCGUGUAGCACCAUCAGCAGCACAGAUGCCCCAAUAUUACACAGUGGGAGAGAAUUCUCAGAAAGCAGUUUUCCCCCCUAAAUGCUUACUGAGAAAGCUUAUAAUUAUCAAUCCAAUUCUGAACUGUGCUGAGUUCACUCACCACUACUUACCUCAUUCAUCAGUCUAUGAUCAUAGUAUCAAGUUAAAGUAUAGAAUGCAUAGACAUGCAAAAAAAAAUGAUUUUGCCACUUAAACCCACCCGCAUUAUGUGAUCAGUUUUUUAAAAGUAGAUAAAGGCUGCUUUCUUUGAAACCUCUGUAGUUGUUGGCUAAUAUUAUGGUUUUACUUGAUUAAAAUGAGCACUCUCUAGCCAUUGGGCAACUGCUAAGGUGUUACAGAAUGUUUCUGAACAUUCCACAUGCUCAUAUGUAAGUGGAGGAGGGGGGAGCUUCCAGCAUACAAUGUCUAGGGACAGAUUGAUCUGUGCUUUUUGUGAAAAGAGAUGCAGCAAAAAAGGGAGUAGUAGUAGCACUUGCAUCAGCUACUAUACGAUGUAUGUGUGACUGUAGUCUGUGUAUAAGAGUAGUAUAUGAGCAUUAUCUGUAUAUGAGUACAUGAGUAGAAUGAAUGAGGCAAGUACAGAUCCAUACCAUACUUCAAAAGCACAUUCAACAAACAUUUAAAGCACAUGGCUUCUGCCCAAAAAAUCCUGGGAAGUGUAGUUUGUUAAGGGUUCUGGGAACGUUAGCUCUGUGGUAACUCACCCCUCACUGAGCUACCAUUCCCAGCACCUGUAACAAACCACAGUUCUAAGGAUUCUUUGGGGGAGGUCAUGUGCUUUAAAUGUGCAUUGGAAGCGGUUUAAAGGUAUGGUGUGAGGUAGUGUACGAGAGAGUAAUGAGGAAAUGAACCCAGAGAAGAUAAUGCGUACAGCAGCUAUCUACUUCUAUAUUCACAUCUACAUUUUCUGUUCUUCCCCCACCCAAUACACAUUAAAUUCCAUUACUGAAAUUAGAUUAUGUGAUUUACAUUUUAUUUGUUUAAUGGAUGAAAAUGAAAUAAAACCAGGAAGGGGAUGUUAAUAAUGGUAUACUGAAAGCAUUCAGCUGUAAAUGUUUCCUUUUAAAACCAUUUUGUUGAAACGACAAGUUUUGUUUUUAUUUUGCGUUUUUAAAACUGGAAAACUUUCUUUUUAAAAAAAUCAGGGGGAAAAUAAAAUGGAUUUUAAACACACUUGUUUGGGUGGAAAAUGCAUGUGCAUGGCUUGUACUGUUGUACAAUUCUAGGGACUAGUCUGCAUAUCUUGGAAUUUCCCAUACAAUUUCCUUGUGAGUACACAGGGCUGACCCUGCCAUGCCAUACCAUGCAUCAGGGUGAAGAGACACACUUCAGAGGGCACCACGAGGGUGGUGGCGGUGGCGGUGGGGAUAGAUGAAGGAAGAAAAAUGUGUCUGAAUGGUGCAGCAAGGCUUUCUAAGUCAUUGGCCCUAACAGAAAGAGGGGUGCCUUUUGGGCUGUGCUUCAGGCAGUAAAAUAUCUUGGGACAACACUAGGGUUUAUGCAUGGCCAGGACAAGCUUGUAGCCUGCCCAUGCUCUUAUGUUUAUGAAAUGUAUGCUAGCUUGAGAUCAAUUGACAUAGGCCAGGAGGAACCAAUGUGGUGCUCUCCAGAUGUUGUUGGACUACAACUCCCAUCAGCCCUGACUUUUGGCCAUGCUGGCUAGGGCCAGUGGGAGUUGGAGUCCAAUAGGAAGGACACCAUGUUGGCUACCCCUGAUAUUAGGGCUAGGAUUAGAAAAAAUUUAAGACUGACUGACUGAAUGAAUGAACUGGUGUCUCCAUGUGUGUACAGUAAUACCUGAGUCAACAAAGUAGAUGCAUUCCUGGACAUUAAUUCUUUAACAGAAACUUUGGUACCAGAGGUACAAAUAACAUGGAAAGAAUAGGGAUAGGUUCCUACACCCUCUCAUAGAUUAAAGGGUGCCUACUUGGCACCCACCCGCUCCCCCUCCUUCUCCUCCUCUGAAUUGUAUUGGAUCCUUCCCUCCCCAGCUCUGGGAGAAAACAAGAGAUCUCUUUAAUGCAAAGCACAGGCUAGUCAGUUUCACCCUAGCAAAGCACAGGCACAGGCUUGAAAGUUUUGCAAAGCAAAGUUGGUCAGUUUCAUCUUUAAAAAAGCCUUCAUUAAAAGGAGCUUCCUUCCUGGAGGAUUUGUUAACUGAGGUAUUACUGUACUGCAUCCCACAAUUUCUGCAUUGCUGGUGAUUCUAACAAGUACAGUUGCCAUGGCAGAUAUUGUAACCACACACAUAGAGGUUCCAAUUCACACACAAGUAACACUUUGGCUUGGGAGCCCCACACAUUUUCCAGGUGAUCAUGUAGAGGACACCCUGAUGCAUGUCAAAGCCCUAUGCAAGCAGAGAAACAUCAAAGCAUUUUACCUGCCAAGUAUGCUGUAUUCUAAAUAGGCAUUUAAAAACAAUGCUUAUAAUAAUUUAUAAAUAAUACUUAAAAUGGUGCACUUGUCUGAACCGCACUUACUUGGUGGCAUUAUUAUUAUUUAGUUCUGAUCCUGACAAUGCAAAUAAAAUAAUUUACACAAUGAAAAUAAAGAGGGUAGUGAACAACAGUGAACAAAUAAAAUCCCAUUUCCCAUGUGCUGCUAUUUUAGAACUGUUUUCCCUCACAAGGAGUCAUUCAUUCAUUUUACUGCACUAUUUGAAAAAGGAAGGAAUGGGCUGUAACACACCAAUAGAGCACAUGCUUUCCAUGCAAAAGACUAGGACUGUGCUCCAUAUUUGGCCAAGCCCCAAGCUGAAUCGAGCCUCUUUGGAGGCUUUUGGGCCUUGGCCGAGUCGGGUUCAUAUAGCCCCGAAUCGCUACGGGUAAGAUAUGGUGGCCCAGAGUCAUCCAGGGCUACCAAGGGGCAUGGCAUGAGGGGUGAGCGACCGGGUACCAUCCUGUGGAGAGAGGAGGUUGUGGUGUGGCUGCUGGAGAGCUCCCUAACCGAUACUGACCUCUUACAUGGCUGUUUGACAGUCUGCUCCAACAAUAUCCUCCCUUCAAAGCCGACAUGCGAAGGAAGAGGCCAUUGUCAGGCCUG